AUGCGCUUGGCGUUUUCGAUACAGGCAAGGAGUAAACGCCGUCCAACACCCGUGUCACGUGCCUGUCAUGUGUUUCGAGGAAAUGGUCACGUGUAUGUGGUCAAGUCGACUAGUUCGAGAGUACCCUCGGAUAUUGGCGGAUAUGUGAAUCCGCGUUAUGGCCGGGCGCCGCCGCCGCACGUCGAUUUUAAUUCAGUAGCAGCUGGUCACCGAGCUCAUCGCUUGGCAAAAAGACACUGCAGAUCGGCCACCGCAGAGUAUAAGAACCGAACGACGCCGCAUCCUGGUUCUGAAAGCAUCCUGGUUCUGAGAGCAUCCGUUAAUCUCGCAUCAAGCAGUGGACUUUCACCUUUUGUUUGCUGUCGUUCCUGUAUCUCAGCAUUUCUGCUGUUGUCGCCAGCUAUGAACAAAGACAAAAUUGUGCUAGGGUUGUGCCUAGCUUCGCUCUCGCUGACUCUGUUCCUAGCAGCACUGGACAUCGUCAUUGUCAUUACGCUGUACGACACGAUCUCAGAAAAAUUCCACGCCUACGGCAGCAUCGGGUGGCUGGUAACAGGAUACUCUUUGGCCAACGCCCUGUUCACGCUUUUGUGGGGCCGUUUAUCGGCGCUUUUCGGCCUCAAGUCGUGUUUGUCGAUCUCGAUUUUGAUUUUCGAGAUCGGUUCUCUGGUGGUGGCGCUAGCGAACUCGAUGUCGAUGUUGAUUGCCGGCCGUGUGGUGGCCGGUAUCGGUGGCAGCGGCAUCCAGUCGCUGGUGUUUGUGGUGGGUACGUCGCUGGUCGACGAACGCAACCGUGGGCUGGUCAUCACCGUGCUUGGGAUGGCUUUCAUGGUUGCCAAUGCGAUCGGGCCAAUUCUGGGCGGUGCUUUCACCCAGCACGCCACGUGGAGGUGGUGCUUUUACAUCAACUUGCCCGUUGGGGGGCUCGCCUUCGCCAUGUUGUUCUUCUUCUACAACCCCACCGAAAAGCCUCUUGCGGGUAGUCUCACGUCCAAAAUGGCAGCUAUCAGGCGCUUUAAUUAUGGUAAACUCGCCACCGGUCAGUUUUGGGCGGACGCUUACCGCAUGCUUUUUUUCAAGCUCGAUUUCGUGGGUUUUGCCCUAAGUUCAACCGGGUUCGUGCUCUUUCUAUUGGGACUCACGUUUGGUGGCGAUAAGUACGCUUGGGGAUCAUCGACGAUCAUCGUGUACCUAGUGGUGGGCCCUGUUUUACUCCUUCUAUUCCUGCUUUACGAUUUUGUGGUCCUGCCACGCCUGAACAACGGCGAGACUUUGCCUCUCUUGCCCUGGUCCUCGGUUGCAAUGCUUGGUGUCCUGACAUCUUCUAUUGCCAAUUUUUUUGCUUGCAUUGGUUUCAAUAUGCAAACGGUCUACCUUAUCCAGUUCUAUCAAUUAGUUUGGAACUCUUCUCCAACCUCUGCCAGUUUGCACAUGUGGGCCUUCCUGGUCCCUUGCAUGGCAGUAAUUAUUGCAGUUGGAAAUAUCAACAAGCGAUUCGGAGCCAUCAAGCCUGUCGCGGUAGUGGGCGUUGCUCUGGGAACGGUCGGGUCAGGCCUUCUAACAAUGCAAAAGGGCUCUACUACUCUCGGGCAGACCAUCGGUUACUGUAUUUUGCCUGGUGCUGCUUUUGCGGCCAUGAUGCAGUCGUCCAUGCUAAGUGCACAAGUCCAAGUUAGCAAAACCGACCCACAGUUCCGUACCAAGUUCAUUGAGGUUACGGCCCUCAAUGCGUUCGCCAAGUCUUUGGGUAUGGCUUUUGGCGGUAUAAUGGCCACAAUGAUUUUUUCAACGUCUGUUAAAAACCAACUGGCCGACGGCCAAAUCUCCCUUCCACAGCAAAUCACCAAUGUUGAAGCGCUUAUUUCGUACCACGCUCAGCAUUUUGACGGUAGAAAUUCACCAUUGGCGCGCAUUUUCACCAAGGGUGUUCAGAAUGUUUUCUACGGGUCCCUUGGCGCCUAUGCUUUAUCUUUUGUUUUCUCCCUUGUUAUGUCUAACAAACGCCUUGUCGUAGGUCCACCAAAAUCAGCCAAUACUGACGACCAUUCCUCAAGCACCGACAUUGACCAAGAGCAUGUCGUUUUGGCUGGAGAAUCUUCAGGGAAGGAAACCGAAGAGAAACAACACGACUCUUCGAGUCUGGACUCGAGAGUUGAUCCUAAUCCAACGAUAGUCAUUCCAGAUGCCCCUUAA